AUGGCUUAUUCAAUUCUUUACCCAAUCUCAUCUAUGGAUGGUCUGCACGACAUUACUCGAAUGGUCGAUGUUUGGGGACCCAGUACAUAUCGAAAGCGAUCGCUCUCCCUAUCUUCACUGAACGCUUCCAAACAUCAAGGAGCCGCCAAACUCAUCGCCCCCUACCUCUCGUCGGCGGCAAGAACCCCCCGAUCUGAUACAGUCGAGGAUGGUGCUUUGACUCCGAUUACGAUGAUCACCAGGGGUAUAUCGAGACUACACAUUCAGAUUCAACCACUACGAUAUCCCUCUCUUGGUUUCAAGAACUCGAUCAAAGUGAAAUAUAGAUCAGUCGCUACUCCCAUUGAAAAGCUGUCGUCGUACUUGUCGCAACUCGAAUGGGAACCUUCAAAACACCAGAACGUUCAACCCUUCCUAGCUCGAGAUGAAACAAAGAUCGGCCCAGAUCCUCAUGCUAUGGAACCCAAUCAUGACGGUUAUGGAUAUGGAUUUUCUGAUUUUUCCUCUGAAGAUGUCGAUUAUCCUUUCCCAUCCAAACACUAUCACUCCUCGAUUUCAAAGCCGUCAUCAGACUCCGAAUGGACUUCAUCCGGGUCAUCGACUCUGAACUCUCCAGCAGGUGGAUCACCUGGGCUAUCUCCCCCUUCAUUCCCUAUCACUGCGACUGGCUCGGAUGUCCUGAUCGAUUCCCCAAAACCGCCUUCUCCCACUGGCACACCCAUCAUCACCUUUGGAUCGGAAGCGGACUUCCCAUUCACUUUCACUUCCCCUUAUCCCUACCCACUUCUGACUACCUCUUCUAUCCAUGGCAAUCCCUUGGCUCAUUCUCAAUACUCGUCAAGUGAGAACACCGACUCACCUCAAUACGUACCUCGAUCGAAGCGAGCCAGGGAGCUCAUAUCGUCGGAGAAGUAUUGUAAGGUAGGGAAAAUCAAGUACCUCUCAUGGGAAGAGAGUGAGAAAGAGGCUGAGGAGGAUGAGAUGAGAUGGAAGAGGUGGAAAGAGGCUAGAAGUGGCUGGGAUACAGAUGUGACGAAUGCGGUUAGUAGAUUCAGUCAGGAUGUGGAAUUGGACUUGGACGAUGAAUUUGGUAGAGCAAAGAAGAUGAGAAAGAUAUCUUAUGAGUAA